AUGCGCAUCUGUCUCUUACAAUCGUCCUAUGAUGACUGGCCGGAGGCCCCGUAUGCUCAGUACGAUCCAUUGGCCAGCCCAAGCCACUACAUCUCCCUCGACGCACAUGUCUUUGAGAAUAGAUUCAUCUGCAAAGCCACAGCAAAGCAAGACAUCAAGAGAGUUGUCGAGGAAAAGUUCGAUGUGUACUGCAACUUCAUGUGGGGUGGCGCAACCGGUCCAGUCGCAGGUGACGAAGAGUAUGAACUUCUCGCUAAGACCGGCGUAUUCAUCAUGAUUCGAUACCCACCCCUCUCCCUGCUCGACAAACUUCAAUUCAACGACCUCUGCUCCAAAGACUCAAACCUACACCUUCCUAGCAACACGCCUGGGAAGUUUCCGAAAAUAUGCAAAUACACGGACUCCUGCAGCUCCCACAAUCUCCACGAUUUGUGCCACAACGACAAAGAAGUGGAAGACAAAAUCGUUUGGAUGAAGAGUCUUGAGCCAACACGAGACGUCUUCACUCAGGACUACAUAUUUGGCGAUGAGUGCUCAGCAAUGGUCAUCGAGCUCGGUAAUGGAAACGUCAUUGCGUUGACGCCACUCGAAUACCUCUUCCCAAACACCAAAGACACCGAAGCCUUCCUCUCUUUCGAGAAAAAAUUCGACGGUGUCGAGCAAGGAAAGGUCCUUUACGGCUUCGUGACCGACGAGCCUCGGCGCUCUAAAGUGCAAGCUGCUGCCAUUGCAACUUUCAACGCCUGUCGAGACGGUCAGCCAGGGUGCUGGGCUAGUGUCGAUAUUCGAUAUGAGCGCAGCAGCGGGAAACCAUACGUGAUUGAAAUCGGCAAUUUGCCAGUCGUAUUCUACCCUCCCCGGAAUACCCUUGGCGACGAUCUUGUCGUCGAGAAGACCUUUCCAGGAGGUCAGCCUGCACUUUUCGAUCUCAUGCUCCUCUCACGACACCAACAACUAGGCAAGGACUCGCCGCUGACAGAGCUGCAUGGGACUGUUGAGGCGACAAUUGAUGCUUAUGACAACUUCACCCGGAAUACUGGCGUCACAUAUAAUUCCAUUCUAGACUGUCCGUAUUACGCUCAUCUCCGCGAUAUCUUCCUGCAAAAGUUUUCCUUUGAAGGACGAGAAGUCCUCGACUUAGGAUGUGGAACCGGAUGCGUCGUCUGCUUCGAAACUUUCCAAUUCCUGCACCCAGUGGAAUUCAAUGCCACCGUCGCGCGAAUGUUCCAAAUUGCAUGCAAAUCCGUCUCCUUCACAAUCGCAGACCUUUCUGAGACGACGAUCGAGAAACACCAGAGAGAGGUUGGCUUUAGACAGUUCAACUUGAUGGAAACUGUCAGAAGAUUCGGAACGCCGCCGGGCUGGAAACUGUUGAUGAAUGAGAAGCAGGUGUCGUAUAUAUCGCCGACGACAGGAGAGGAGAAUUCGGAUCUGUGGUUGCAUUUCGAGAGAGACGAGGAAUGGGUUCCAACUGUUCCUAAGAUUGAUUUCGAGACCCAUCUGUUUGUGGAAUAA